AUGGCCGCUCAGGAGAGCCAGGAGGAAGGUCUGAUUGAUGCACUGUUUCCCAGUCAUCGUUGCCAGACCCACGAGGAUCGUGUGAGGAGUCCUGUGUCUCAGCUCCCGUCUCUCUGUGACGCUGACCCCGGGAGCAGGAGUGGGCAGCAGGACACCCGGCAGGCAGGAAUGGUGAGCGUGGGGCGGAUUUGUGACACGGGCGAGGAGGGGUUGAGAGCGACUGGGCCCCGCGUGAGCCCCGGAGUCUGCGGCAGAGUCGCCGCCGGCGCCGCUCCGCUCGUCCCCUCGGUCCCCGGGCGGGGCGGGGCCGCAGCCGGGACCCCAAGUUCCUGUCCCUUGUCCCCGCCGGAGCCCCCUGUCCCUCCGCGCCCGCAGCCCCGCGUCUCCCCACAGCGCGGUGCCGGCGGAGGUGGCGGGAGGCUCCCGAGUGGCCGCGGGGUCCCCGUCCCCAUCCCGGCGCAGACCUGAGCGCCCCGAGUUUCCUGAUGGUGGAAGCGGCGUCUCCACCGCCACCUGGUCCUGAG